AUGCCUAAAUCCAAGCGUAACAAAGUCGUCGCGUUAACCCAGGUGAAAAAAAAAGACCGCAAGUGGAAAGAAUCUUUAGUCGAAUCCAUCCGCGAUGCAGUCGACACCUACCCGUCCGUGUUCGUCUUCCGAUGUAAAAACAUGAGGAACGAAACGUUCAAAAGCUUACGCGACGACGUGUCAAACACGUCGAGAUUCUUCGUCGGCGGGAACAAGUUAAUGCGAGCAGCGUUACUCGGGAAAGAAUCCGAGGAAGGGUUAAAGACGUUCGCCGAACACAUCGUAAACAAUCGUGAUGGAAAAGAUGAUGAUGAUGAUGAUGGCGGCGGCGGCGGCCAAAAACAACAGAAAGAGACGAAAAAACAGCAACGCGGGCGGCAAAACGAAGAAUUUGAUUUGAACACGACGACGACAGGGAUCGUGUUCACGAACUUGAGCAAAGAGGACUUGAUGCAGGCGAUGGAGGCGAAAGAGACGAAAGAUUUCGCGCGGGUCGGGCAGAUUGCGACGGAAACGAUCGUCUGUCCGGAAGGUCCGGUGAAGAAUUGCUUCGACGUGCCGAUGUCGCACACGUUGGAGGCGAUGUUGAGGAAACACGGUUUGCCGACAAAGUUGAAUAAAGGGGUCGUGGAGUGCGUGAAUGAGAAGAUUAUUUGUAAGAGAGGAGUGAAGUUGAGCUCGGAUCAGUGCGCGUUGUUGAGGCAGUUUGGGUAUAAGUUAGCCACGUUCAAAUUGAGAUUGGUCGCCGGGUGGGAGAAAUCGACGGGGGAGACGGAAGUGUUUAUGAACGAAGACGAUUCCGAGGAGAUUUUAGAUUACGGGACGGACGAGGAAGAGGAGGAUAGAUUCGCCAGCGAUGGGUUGCCGAAAUCAAUGAUGCUUCCGGAAGGAAUGCUUUAA